AUGGCAAUCCAAACACUUGCAGUUGCCGUGAUCACGGUGGUUUAUUUCCUCAUUCGUUAUUUCAACCGCACUGAUAUCCCCAAGAUUAAAGGCAUCCCGGAGGUCCCUGGUAUACCCAUAUUUGGUAACCUAUUGCAGUUGGGAGAUCAGCAUGCAACAGUCACGGGGAGAUGGGCAAAGACAUUUGGCCCAGUUUUCCAAGUGCGCAUGGGAAACAAGGCAAGUUUUUCGCUUUCUUGUUGGCGAAUCGUGUUCGCCAACAGCUUUAAAUCCGUUCGUCAAUUGUGGAUUAAGGACUCAUCCGCUCUCAUUUCCCGCCCAACUUUCCACACCUUCCACAGCGUCGUCUCCAGCUCACAGGGGUUCACUAUUGGAACGUCCCCGUGGGAUGAUUCCUGCAAGAAACGCCGCAAGGCAGCUGCCACAGCGUUGAAUCGACCGGCGGUGCAGUCAUAUAUGCCCAUCAUCGAUGUCGAAUCCAAUUCUAGCAUCAAAGAGCUAUACCGGGACAGCCAGAACGGCAAACGUGACGUAAAUCCCACUGCCUAUUUCCAGCGAUAUGCCCUCAACACCAGUUUGACUUUGAACUAUGGGUUCCGUAUCGAGGGCAACGUGGAUGAUACGCUACUGCACGAGAUUGUGGAUGUGGAGCGUGGCGUAUCCAACUUUCGCAGCACUUCGAAUAACUGGCAGGAUUACAUUCCCCUAUUACGAAUAUUCCCCAAGAUGAACAAUGAAGCUGCAGACUUCCGGGGUCGCCGUGAUAAAUAUCUGACCUACUUGCUCGAUAUGCUCAAGGAUCGGAUCGCCAAAGGAACCGACAAGCCUUGCAUCACUGGCAAUAUAUUGAAGGAUCCCGAGGCUAAGCUGAAUGACGCCGAGGUGAAAUCGAUCUGUUUGACUAUGGUGUCGGCUGGUCUUGACACUGUUCCCGGUAACUUGAUCAUGGGGAUUGCCUACCUGGCAUCGGAAGACGGCCAAAGCAUUCAAAACAAGGCUUAUGAUGCGAUAAUGGAAGUUUACCCGAAUGGGGAUGCUUGGGAGAGAUGCUUGGUGGAGGAAAAGGUCCCCUAUGUGACUGCCCUGGUGAAGGAGAUCUUGCGGUUCUGGACAGUUAUUCCUAUCUGUCUGCCACGCGAGAGCACUAAGGAUAUCCAGUGGAAUGGAGCCACUAUCCCUGCUGGCACGACUUUCUUCAUGAAUGCUUGGGCUGCCGAUUACGACGAAGAUCACUUUACGGAUGCCGAUAAAUUCAUCCCAGAGAGGUUUUUGGAGGUCAAUGAGGGUGCAGGCACUGCCCACUACGCAUAUGGAGCAGGAUCACGUAUGUGUGCAGGCUCACAUCUCGCCAAUCGCGAGCUGUUCACUGCUUUCAUCCGCCUCAUCACUGCCUUCCAGAUGCACACGGCGAAAGAGGCAGCCGACCGACCAAUUCUUAAUGCAAUUGAGUGCAAUUUGAUUGCGACAGCCUUGACAACCGAGCCGAAGCCAUUCAAAGUCGGCUUUAGUGCACGCGACCCCAAGAAGCUCGAGCAGUGGAUUUAG